AUCGAUUUGGAAUUUAAUAUGCCCUUUCUGGAAAUUCCUGUUCAAAAGUCAUUGAACUUUGCAAAAAAUGCUGUAGCGAAAAUCAAUGUGCCUUCUUUGGUCCUAACUGGAUUGUUAGUUUUGAUUUCUGCAGUUGUGAUACCGUCUGCUUUAAUGUUGAUAAGCAAGAAAUUACACUUCGCUGAUCCAUUUACGAAUCACUACAACUCAACCUAUAGAAAUCUCGACUUAGACAUAUCGCCUAUGUGGAAGUAUGGGUCAAUACUAGACAACGUUUUGCUAGAGAAUCAUAUAGACACGACUGCAUGUGUACAAAGGAGCAUUUGUUCCUUGAUCUACAAAUCUAAAAGAGACAUUCUAAACGGAAAUGCUACCAGCAUUGACAAAAUAAUCGACGGGGUAACUAGUAAUGACUGGAUUUUAGAUAAAAUUUACAGCACGUCCAUUUACUCAGCAGUCAAUAAUGGUUUAAAUAGCGUAAAUUGCAAUAAAGAGUACACAAAUUGUAAGAUCCCAGAGAACAACCUUAUUUCUUUUAUUAACGACGCUAUACAAUUUUUAGGUACAAUUUAAAGUAGUUGAUUUUUAU